AUUCGCAUUCUUCUUACUAAUCAUGCAACAGUUUGAAAUCGUGUUUAAUGUGCCAAUGCACUGCCAGGCUUGUGUAGAAUCUGUGGCCAAAGUCCUCCGCCCAUUGACUGGGGUGUCCGCUUUUGACAUUGAUCUCAAGAACCAAAUUGUCUCGACUACCACAUCUCUUCCUCCAUCAGAGCUCGUUCACAUCAUCCAAUCCACGGGAAGAGAUGCAAUUAUCCGUGGAACCGGCAAACCUAAUUCGGCUGCAGUUUGUAUUCUCGAAAGUUAUGCUCCCGAAGACUUUGACCAGCCUGUCAAAGGAUUGGCACGUAUCGUGGCUGCCACCCCCAAUGAGCUUUUCAUCGAUUUGACUGUUAAUGGUCUUCCAAAGGGUACCUAUUACCCACUGAUUCGUCGUUCUGGAAACUUGUCUGAUGGGGCGUUGUCGACGGGCGACUUGUUCUAUGCUUUGGGAUCCAUCCAGGUGAAGAACGAUUCUACUGAUGCCACAACCAUCAAGUCUAUUGGAGCUGCCACCCCUUCACCAACUGAAAAGUUGGGAUCUGGUCAAGCUUUUUUACACGCCAAGUUGGGGGUAAUGGACCUUAUAGGAAGGUCAAUCGUUUUGUCCAAGUUGCAAGAGAAGGUGGCCCCUGAUUCGAUUUGUGGGGUGAUAGCCAGAAGUGCUGGUGCUUGGGAGAAUGACAAGUUGGUAUGCUCAUGCUCAGGAAAGACUGUGUGGGAAGAACGAAAGGAUGCCGUGAUUCGAGGGGUAGCUUGAAUAUGUCUAUUUAUACAUAUGGUGAUAUGAACAAAAAUGAAUUUAAUGGUUAAUGUAGUAGGGAUCCGAGUGGUGAUCUGAAUGCGAACAGUGAUAUCCUCUGUGGGGUUUAGAGAUCACAAUUCUCGCAGGCAUUGAGUGGAGUUAGAGAUACUGUAAAGGUUACACUGGGUUAAGGGUUCCUAUUUCCCCAUACACUCGCGAUAAUACUGUCGUAGUACCUGAGUGCUAAGCGACAGUUACAUGCAAC